CGACAUGGACUAGGUGAUGAGAACGGCAUUAAAUGCGUAGUUAUCUCCUCAUGUGACCGGUACUACUCGAAUCUGUUCUUAGAUUACAUGAAUCUGCGUUUUCCCCCUAGGCCACCAGUCUAUUUGAAUCCGUUCCCCUAAGAAGAACCUCAAAUGGGUCUCAUAAAAUCUCUUCUUUUCCUUUCUGAUCAUUUGUCUUUGUUUUUUCUUCAUAUUUCUCCGAUUUUCGGACUGAGAUAUGCCUCCCAUUUUUUUAAAUGAAGCAGAAGCCUAUAUUACGCACCGAAGAUUGUGAACAAGCCACUCGAUUAAAUGUGUUGGAAAAGAUUUCUCACCUCUGUUCCAAAACAAGCUCUGAUUAUAUUUUGAAAGUAAUCAAUGUUUUCAUUCCUUCUGUUCGAAGAAACCAUCGUUGGUUGGACGGGAGACAAUAUCGCUCGGGCACUUUCCUCAGCUACCAGCCAAUUGUGAGCACCAAUUCGACAUGUUUGCAUCAUUGCUCAAGGUCUUUAAGGGAAUGAAAGAAGAGUUUCAAUUGGUGCUCGCGAUUAGCUGGUAGCUGAGGAAAGUGUCCAAGGGAUGUUGUCUCCCAUCCAACCAACGAUGGUUUCCCAGAACAGGAGGAAUGAAGCUAUUGAUUACCUUCAAAGUCUGAUUAGAAAAUUGUUUCGGAGCAGAGGUGAGAGGUCUUUUCCACCAAUUUUGCAGAUUCAGAUUUCAGUUCUCCUUCUCCCACAGAAUCAUCAGAGCACCGGUGUGAAAUGUAAUGAGGUUAAACCCUUCAACUUGGAAGAUGAAGAUGACUGCCGCCCUUUUUCUUAGUGAAUGUCUGCGACUGAAAGGCGUUUGUGGCGAAAUAACAAAAAUAGCAAUGCAAUGUUGCAGAGCAACAUACAAGCUGGCUUCCUUGUUUCACAGUCAACUGCGCGCUUCCAUAGCAUCAAACAUGCUGCCUGGACUUUCUUUAGAUGCAACAAACCUGGAUUUUUUUCCUUCUUUUUUGGCUGUGUUUAUGGAGAUAAUUGAUGACAAACAGGAAGAGAUGAUCUGUAUGCGUGAACGAUUACUUGAGCCAUGUUUGGUUAUUUCCUUCAUUAAGGUUUUUGUGAAACUGCUGUCCAAUUAUCUUCGAUUUAUAUAUCUACAGAUCAAAGUUGUCUGCAAUGAGAAACGAGGAGUUGCCAUAUGCCAUUUUGCAAAGAGAGAGUUUGAAUCUGGAGGAGUGAAAGAUGGAAGUAAAACCAAUUUCGGUUGCUUAAGGACCUUGCUGGUGAGAGUCACUCUUAUACCUUCCUCAGUUAAAAUUGCCACAAAAUGCUGUUACCCAUUUAUGAGUCUCCAAGUCUUUUGA